AUGGCGAACACUCAGGAAUCCAAGCCUUUAACAUUGACCGUUCUCGGUUCAGGAACAAUGGGCAUAGCAAUCAUGGGCGGCGUAAUGUCCUCCCUCGCCUCCACCCACACAAAAGCCACCAUCGACCCCUCCUCCGCCCCAAAAGACGUCCCCAACCUCUCCAACUUCAUCGCCUGCGACCAAUGGGCCCCCGCCGAACAAAACGUCCGCAAAGCCCUCGGCCACUACAACUUCCCCCUGCAAACCCUCACAAACGAGAACCUCAAGGGCGUCCAACAAGCAGAUAUCGUCCUGCUGAGCUGCAAGCCCCACGGCUUCAAGACAAUUCUCGGUGAGGAAGGCAUGAGGGAUGCGCUCAAGGGCAAGGUCCUAGUCAGCAUAUUGGCAGGUGUGACCCGCGAGCAGAUCGAGGCAUUCUUGUACCCGGAUGGCCCAGAGAAGGCAGAAAACGCAUGUAGAGUCGUCCGUGUAAUGCCCAACACGGCGUCAUUUGUCGGCGAAUCCAUGUCUGUGAUUCAGACUUCUGAUCCGCCGCUCAGCGAGGCGCAGGCUAAGCUUGUGGAAUUCGUAUUUAGUUCCAUUGGUCGUGUUACUACGCUACCGCCUGCAAACAUGGAUGUUGCGACUGCGCUGUGCGGGUCUGGACCUGCGUUUUUCGCAUUGAUGCUGGAGGCGGCGGCGGAUGGUGCUGUGGCGAUGGGGUUGCCCAGGGCAGAAGCACAGAUGAUGGCUGCGCAGACUAUGAGGGGAACCACAGGUUUGGUGCUGAAUGGCGAGCAUCCGGCUGUGCUCAAGGAUAAGGUGUCUACGCCAGGCGGCUGCACAAUCGGCGGUCUGAUGUCACUCGAGGAAGACGGUGUCAGAGGCUCUGUUGCAAAGGCUAUCCGGGAAGCCACUGUCGUUGCUUCGAGACUAGGUGGUGAGCAAAAGGAAUUCGUAAACCACAGGCGGUAA